AUGUCAAGUGAACAAAUAGGAAUGUCACUGUUUUCAUCAUUAUUACCAUUAACAACAGAAGCAAGAGCAACAGGAAAAAAUUCAGGAUUCCAACGAAGAUCUACUUCAAUUGACUUAGAAUCAGGAAAAAUUGAUGAGUGCAUCAAGGUUGCACCACCAUAUAAUCAUGAUAAAAAAAAUCGCCGGUUCAUUGCUUCAACAUCCAACAUUCCGGAAAAUUCUCAAUUAUCAAUAGUGAAAACUGAUUUAUCACAUAAUUUAUUAGCAGCCGGAAAUGUAUCAUUGGAAAAUUUUGUUGGUUUACAAUCAUAUCGUGCCAUUUCAACCAAUAAUUCAUGCAUCAAUAUGCGAAAAAAUGAGCAGUUGGAUGAUUUUGAUAUGAAUAUUCGGAUGACUCACAAGGAUAAUCAUUUGGCUAAUAAUUCGAUAAACUUUUCAUCGUAUCAACCAUCAACAAUGGAUGCAAAAAUUUCAAAUAACUUUCCAAUUCAUAUGUUACCUUUAACAAAUCCAUCAUCACAUAAUAAUUAUUUGGAAUAUCAUAGCGUACCAUCGACAACAAUAAUAACUGCAGCAGCAACAACAGUAACAGCAACAACAACAAAUAACAAUGUUAUAGGAGAAACAAAAGCGGUAAUGUUGGAUGAAAGAUAUCGUGGUGAAUUAUCAAUUCUGGAAAAGUAUCGUUAUGAUCUCAGUCGAGCUCAACUUAAAGCAAGUUCACGGACAUCAGCUUUACUAGCAGGUUUUGCUAUGGUUGCCUUGGUGGAAUUGCAAUACGAGCGAACAACGCCACCUUUUUUACUGAUAACACUUGGUGUAGUGACAACACUUCUUGUAUCCGUUCAUCUUCUUGCACUGAUGAUGUCAACAUGUAUAUUACCUUACAUUGAAGCGAAUGGUUGUACCCAAGAUUCACCUCACAUUCGAUUAAAAUUCUAUAUCGAUCUAUCCUGGUUAUUUAGUACAUGUAUUGGUUUGGUGUUGUUUCUUAUUGAAAUUGGUAUAAUAUUUUUUGUAAAAUUUUAUGCAGUCAACUAUAUUACUGCUGCUUAUAUAACCACUGCUAUGCUCAUACCUGUUGUAGUGGUGUUUACGAUAUUCUCAUGUCUUAUUCAUAAAAAUCGAUUUAUUCAUUCAAUAAAUCGUGUUGGAUCAAAAGCGAUUGAUUUGCAAAAAUUUUUGAACGAAAAUAAUGCAGCAAUAGGAAGCAGCAUUCCAAAUACUACUACAGCUACAUCUAUUGAACGACAUCUGGUAGGUGCUGGUUUACAUGGUAUUCGAGUUAUCCAUCAUUGA